AUGGUUAUACGGAUAAUGCUAAUGGUUCCACUCUACGGGAUAUCGUCCCUCAUAUCAUUAUUCUCCCUUGAGGCAGCUUUUGUCAUUGAUGUGAUACGUGAUAUAUACGAAGCAUUCGUGAUUUAUUGUUUCUUCCAACUUCUUCUAGCAUACCUUGGAGGCGAACGUUCUCUGAUCAUACUUGUUCACGGCCGGCCUCCUAAAGCCCCUCCCUUCCCCAUGAACAUCUUUCAACGGGAAUUGGACGUUAGUGACCCAUACACUUUCCUGUUCCUCAAGCGAGGCAUCCUUCAAUAUGUCCAGGUGAAACCCAUCCUUGCAGUGGCCACCUUGAUUCUCAAGGCUGCAGGGAAAUUCAAUGAAGGCGAUCUUCGUGCAGAUUCUGGAUAUCUAUAUAUCAGUAUCAUAUACAACAUGAGCAUCUGUCUCAGCUUGUAUUGCCUUGCUAUGUUUUGGCUAUCUAUCAGUGAAGAUCUCAAGCCUUUUCGUCCCAUGCCGAAGUUUCUUUGUGUCAAGGGCAUACUAUUUUUUUCAUUCUGGCAAUCUAUUGGCAUUUCCAUUCUCGUUGCGAUGGGAGCUAUCAAACAACUAGGGCCAUACCUUGACAAGGAGCAUAUUUCGCUCGGGCUCACCGACACUAUGAUCUGUCUCGAAAUGCCACUCUUUGCUAUCGCGCACAUGUUUGCGUUUGCACACACAGACUACAUCGACAAGCAUCUGUCUUAUGUCGGGCGCAUGCCAAUGUUCUAUGCUACUCGCGAUGCCUUUGGGUUCAAGGACGUGGUUGAAGAUAGCAAGACGACGCUGCGGGGCGAGGGGAUGGGAUACCGCGAGUUUGAACCUAGCGAGGGCUAUAUGCAUCAGGGGCUGGGACGAGAGCGUCGGAUACGCGCAGGUUUGAGGUACAGCAAAGGUGGAAAGGGAAAGUAUUGGCUUCCACUUCCUGUCGGUAGCGCUGGCUCCUCGGGACCGGUCGGGCGAGGGAUCAAUGCGAUACAACGCAUGACAAGACGAGAAGAUGAAGAGGUCCAUGCUCCACUUCUCGCAGGCGAUAUCGAAGACGUCGUCCAUGACGCUGACGAUUUACGUGACGAUGACGAAGGUGAAGCUGCAACUGGGUUAGGGCUGCCGUUCGGUGAUCUGAACGAAGAGGAUGAAAGGCUCUUUCAGAGCUGCAAGCAGUACUUUUUUGGGGAUUACAACUAUCCUUGCAUCGAUGCAAGCUCAGAAUCUGCCAGAAUUCAGAUGUGGGACGAGGAGGAGCGCAUCUUGCGGAACGAGCGGAGUGCGUGGUUCUCGAGUUAUGGGGAGAGAAGGCGGGCGGACAGCGGCAAGCAUGGACCGACAUACGGGGCUGGAGCGAGCCAUCAAGUCGAUCGAUCGAUCAUCGACAUGGAGGCCGAACGGUUGCCCGCAGGCGAUGCUGCGGGUGUGCGUCUAGAGUGGACGAAGGUGUCGAAGAAAUCCUCUUCGUCGCAGUCGACUUCUGUGUCUGCGUCGCCGAGCAAACUUUCUCGUCCUGGCUCAUCCUCACGCCACCAGUCUCUUUCCCUGCCUCCUUCAUCUAACAACAGUCCCUCGAUCAACAAUCGAGCCCUUGCACAUGUCCCAGGUGAGGCCCGCCGGCCAGAUGCUGUGGAUCUCGUUAUCGAGGAUAAAAGUGCGGGCGAAGCGGGGAUGACGAGGGAGCGACGACAUGGAGAACCUGCAAUGCGUGGAGCUGGAGUAAUGAAAGUCUAUCGGAGGAAGUAUCUACCCGGAGAAGAAGAUGCAGAGGUAGAAAGCGAGGCGCAGGUGCAAGCAGAAGGCGGGGAUCUCGAGGAUCUCGCACAGGCUGUGACAGAAACAGAACUAAGAGAGGAGGAUAAGGACGGGAGUGCAGAUGGGCUGUUAGAGGAUAUAACGAUCGCUCGCGCUGAAACGCCUCCUUCGCAUGCACGAGUGAGUGUCGUUCUGAAUCGCUAUGGAAUUCCUGAAGAGGAUAAUCCUUGGGCAUGAAGCAUGAGCGCUUUGGUAGCAUUUGGGCUCUUUAUUUUGAUUAUUCUCCUAUUUUCGAUUGCUUUGUCUCUCAUAGAUCCCAUGUGUAGUUCUAAGCAUUCAUGAACUUUUCUCGAAUUGCU